CACAGUGAAGAGAACAACGUCCAACUGUUCAAACAAGAAGAAAAACACAUUUUUGCCUGCCUGAGAUCCUCUGACUGGGAGUAUACUCAUGGGUUGGUGACAUGAGCAGACUGAUGCUUGAAAUAACUGUAAAUUUCCUCUAAAAAUCCUCUAAAAAAAUCUAAAUCUUCCUCUAAUCACUUUGUGUUUAGAGGAUGUGAAUGAAAAACACUGAUCCAUCCUUCAGCUGCUGAUGAAGUGUCCUUGGGCAAGACAGCGCUCAUGGUGAGAUUGUGUCAGUAGACUGCUGUGUGUCUUCUGGGUGGUUUGGCUUCAGCCGUGUUUUUCCAAAGUACAAGAUCAGCACAUAUUUCCUCAAGAAGAGUUUUCAUAACUGACAUUCACCCACCUUCUGGGGGUGGGACAAGAUUGUAACCAAACAAAUUUUUUGUGAAGAUGUGGUUUGUAAGUUUACAAAAAUUAGGGGGAAACAGUAGAAAAAGCAGCUAGUGUGUUGUUUUGGAGAGCCUUAAGACAGUUUCUAUGGUAAUAAAAGUGAGUGGGAUUGGUGAUGGGAUUUAUUGCUAAGGCAUUACAGUAUUCUGCAGUGCGGUGUAUAGGUCACUGUGAAAUCAUGUGGGUACAGUGAAUAAAACAGCCGGAAGCUGAACAUUGUCUGCAUCUCUUAACCUUUGUCCACACUGCAGAGACCAGUAGAUUUUACACAGUUGCACUUGGAGCUUUCAUUUGCAUGUUGCACAUAACCAUAUUUAAAUGAUGAUUACAGAACCUUAAUAAUGAUUUAAAAUACACGCACUGUUAAGGACUACUGUAGACAAACAUGAUUAAGUCUUGGCUAGUAGAUCUUAGUUAAAUGGAAUGAACAUUAUGUCUGUCUGUAAGGUAAAAGAAGCAAAGUAAGAAACCUGCAACGUGUCGAAAAACUAAUAUAAUAAUGAUGGUAUACAUGUUGUUCAUAAAUGCUAUUGUGCCUUAAGCUUACAAAAGUCACGUGAAGCCAUGAUUAGAAUUUGUCCUUUUACAAACAUUUUCAAGUAUUUUCUUCAAGUGUUCUUUCUUAUCUGCUGUAUUUAUGACAGUAUAAUAAAUUCCAAUGACACAACUCUGCCUAGACUCACAGAGAGUUAGGAUGAAUGCUCAAAUACACAACUAUUUGAAGCCUCACAAUGCAUACUUAAACCAAGAGACUUCACUCAGUCUUUAAACAGAUAACUAUACUGUUAUGUUAUGCAUUGAAUCAGCUAUUUCAUAUCAAUUUUGAAAUGUAGCGAACAGAAAUCCUUUAUUAAAACAUAUCAAUAUAAAAAAUAGAUUUUUUUAACAACCUCUGUAAAUGAUUUAAUAUUUCUUGUAUUUAACUGAGAUAGUGAAACAUAAAUAAAUAUAUUAUUGCCUCUUUCAUUACUCCUGGCAUUACUGAAUUUGGACACUGGAGGGCAACAGAAUCAAUCUCCAUCAUUAUGUGCUGUCAAUGGUGCUGAAACAUUCACUGUGUCUCUCUGUCUCUGUCCAUGGUGCUGACGUGCAUGUAAAAUCUAAAAUCUAAUGAUUAUAUCACUAGUAGUAUAUAUACUAUACUGUAUAAUAUAACAUGUGCUCUGUCUCUUUCCAUGGUGCUGAAAUGUAUGAACACAGUCUAUCAGCUGUGGUGGUGGGGUUAACUAUUUCAUGGUUCUGAAAUAGUUAAGCCCAGUUUCUCUCACUGGUCUAAAAUGUGAAUUAUUUAUUUAUUAUUUUUUGUCUUAUUGAAUUGCAGCAUUUAAUUCAUUAAUAGCCAAGAACCAAAUCUGAGCAUGUUUACACUUUCAUUGUGUUUGCUGGGCAACAAAUACUACUAUCAUCACUAUGCUGUACUUUUUACAUAUUAUUUCUCUGAUUCUUUUCCUUGUCUUUUUCUUCUUGACGGCUUUUCAUCCAGUGACUCCUCCAGCAGUUUUGAUCCUAUGCUGCCAACUUGUACUGAUUUGAAUUUGCUGCCUGAUGUGUCAGUCUGACCAUAAAACAAACAAAUUAGGAAAGGUUUUAAACUAAACUAUCUUCUCCACAGCAACGCCUGUUAAAACACAUUCUCCUUGUGUGCCCCAUCCGAUGUGUUUAAUCUAGGUUCAUCUGCAGUGAUGAAAGUACCUCUUGUCACAUUUAAUUUCUCUUGGACCUCUGAUGAGAUCAGAGGUCCAAGAGAAAUUAAAUUUACAAAUAUUCAAUGGUAGACUAUUCAAACAGAUUAUCAUACAAAUGAGCACCCAAGCCAGACAAGUCCUCCUAUGUGUGAUUUUUUGGUUUGAAGUUUGAUGUCAUGUAUGACUGUUUCUUUAAUGUUGUGGCUGGAUUCGGAUUUUCAUUUAAGGUGUCAUUAACAAAAUGUUUUUGAUGAAGUUGUCUUCAUACUUCAUUUAGUUCUGGCAUUCAUAAACACAGAGGAUCCUGAUCCUGAAUAACUUGCUUUGAUAUCAGUUUUUGGUACAGUUACAGCCUCUCCCUGUAGACCAGUAUGGGUCAGAAGAAUAAAUAGAAAUCUUAGCUGAGACUCCACCUGCGGAACCUGCUUGCCUCAAUCAGCAGAGUUAUACCUGACUGGCAUUUCUUGAGUCGUUGGACUAUUUUCGUUUCAUUUCUUGUGAGGUAUGACAGGUGCUGUGUGACAUAAUACACAUUCAGACCGUGUGACGCUAUAACCUGUUACCUGCGUGCACACCUGUAUUUAACAAAAGAUAAUUAGCCUCCAGCUGGCGUAACAGCUUCCGCCUCGUUUUCUCAGCAGCGCAGCAUUUUAUUCAGUAGACCUCACAUGACUGGGCUUUUGAAUUGUUACCUUGUUUGAGAACAUUUCCAAACAUCGCUCUAAAUAAUGCAAUUAAAAACACUCAUGUCGUCGAUUCAAGGUGCAGCUGCUGCGCAACCAGUUUGUUUCUCCCUGCUUCCCAGCUUUUUGUCGCAUUGGAUUUAAAGGCGAAGCAGAGUUGGAUGUUACUAGGAAGUGGGAUCAAGUUAUAGAUGGCGGAUGCCUUUCUACAGCCGUGUGGUAAAUAUGGGAUAUCGAGAGGAGAUGAUGGUCAGUAGUACCCGUGUGUAUCGGUGAAAUUAGGAGACGGGACGAAGAGAAACCCAGACAGGGAGGUUGAGACACCAGGAGGACAAACCCGGGCAGCUGGUUACCAGCAGGCAGGCUGAGCAGACAGCAGCGAGCCUCAGAAAACAGAGGGCGGAGUGAAGGACACUGGGAUAACCUGUGCAACUACCCAUCCCUGCUGCAUCAUGGGUAACCAUACUGGCAAAGACAGCCACGUUCAUACAGGUUCUCCUUUAGAUUUCUUCCACACGCCUCCCACCACGCCCUCAGAGGCAGAGCUGACUGGCAUGGCCUUAUCCUCUGCAGCUUCCUCUAAUAAGGAGCUGCAGAAAGGAACGCCAUCACCGGAGACUGGCAACACCACCCCCUCCACCACCUCUCCGGUUGCAGACUGGACACAGACACAGAAACUGUCUGCUCCCUCAGAAUGGGCCAUGAUAAGUGUAGACAGCAUCACCUCCUCGGAGACAAACGUGAGCGAUGCAGCAGCGAGGCACGGGAGUACGGCAGACAGUUUGGGCAGCCCAGCAUCACCUCAUCCGUCCAGAGAAUCGCCUUCAGAGCAGAGCUGGCAGGAGCGGGACAGCGGACUGGAACCACAGGCUGCAGCAGAGAGAGCCGGGGAGGAGAUGACCCUGGUUUUACUCAGUCUGAUGGAGCAUUACCAGGCCUCACUGGGUCUAACCCCCAACACUGACGUUAUCACAGGAGCAGUAGAGCUGCUCAGGCACUUGAUAACAAAGAGGGAUGAGCUGGUGGAGGAGGUGCACAGCCUGAAAGAGACCCUGAGGACGGAGAAGUUGGAGUGGCAUCAGUUCCAGUGUGACCUGCAGGUAGCGGUGUCUGUGGCCGACCGGCUGCGAGUCGAAGCGGAGCAGGCUCUGGGUUUGCUCCAGGAGAGCCACAGGGCUGUAGAGAACCAGCUGGCCCAGGCGCUAAGCAACCAGCAGGAAAAGGAAAGAGAACUGGAGAGUCUGAGGACUGAGCACAGAGACGUCUGCGGUAGACUGUCUGAUCUCACCCUGCAGCAGCAGCAGGAGCGAGCUGAGCUGGAAGCACUGAGGAGCGCACGCAGGGUGAAAGACAUAACAGAUUGUGAUAAAAAGGCAAAGAGACAAGAGUCUGAGGAAGAGGAGACACAGAAAGCUGUGGAUGAAGCUGAAGCAGAGAUUAAAGAAAAAAAUGGGGAAAAGCAGAAAGAGGAGCAUGAAGCAGAUGAAGGGAUGGAUGCUAAAGAUGUGGGUCAUAGUCCCGAGGAGAGAAAUGGAUCAGGGAGCACACAGCUGACAGGAAAGGGGGUGGCGGAGGGAUACCUUCGUAGUUUGGCUGCCCUGGAGAAGAAAAAAGAGGGGGAUCGUGAGCAAAGAGAUCCAAGGAGGAUUAUGAUGCUGUCUGAAAGAUCUUGGAGUCUGUCUCGUCUCCCGCUGCCAACCGACUCCCCCAGUCAGACUGGAAGCUCAAGAAACACAAGCACAACAUUGCCACUAUGCAAGAAACAAGAGCCGACAAAAGGGAGAAGGAUGGACCGUAUUUUACAGCGGCAGGACAGCUGGUCCAGCUUUUAUACAGGAAAACAGGAAGAAGACCAAAGCUCAGACUCCUUUAAACCUCAGGAUGGUUUCAGUGCUCUGCUGCGGCGUCAUGGCGGCUCCAGAAGAAACUCCCUGCUGCGCUGGUGCCAAAGUCGUACCCAAGGUUAUAAGAAUAUUGAGAUCACCAACUUCAGCAGCAGCUGGGAGGACGGACUGGCGUUCUGUGCUGUUUAUCACACUUAUUUACCGACUCACAUCCCUUACAACAGCCUCGACCCAGCAGACAAGAAGGAGAAUCUGGACCUGGCUUUUAAGACAGGAGAAGAUGUGGGAAUCUCUGCCACACUGACAGCGGACGACAUGCUGAAGGCAGACGGACCGGACUGGCAGAGGGUACUGAGCUAUGUUGAAAGCAUCUUCCGUCAUUUUGAGAUGUGAAAGUUGUCCUCCCUUGUCUACUGCACCUCUGCCUGGUUCUUCUCCAUUGUUGUAACCAGAGCUGAACAACUAAAACACUUUUCACCACAAGAGGGAGCACUGCUCAUGAUGAGCUCAGCAAUAUCAGACUUUUUUUAUUUUAUGUAUCAGCAAACUCUCUCCCUCAUACAGAAAAUGAUUCUUGGCUGACACCCAGAUGGAAGAAAUUAAACAGAAUUUCUCCCUCUGAUUUUUUUUUUUUUUAUUAUUUUUUCUACACACAUAGAAGCAACACUGGACCAGAAUGGCUGCCGGGUGAUUAUGCACAGGACACAAAAAGAUUUGUCAGAUUUUAAAAUCAGAAUAUACACCUGCUCGACAAUUCUUCUCAUGUUUGUUUACUGGGUGCAGGGUGCACUGGUUUUGCACUGUUUGCCUUUAAAAAAAAAAGAAAAAAAGAGCACUUUAUAAUUAAUGGAAAAUAUUGUAUUUCAUGUAGAGGAUUUCAGAAUCCGGGACACUUUAGUAUCAUUUAUCUUGACCAAUAGUCUUUUUUUUUUUUUAUCAUGAAACUCUCCUGGCAUGAUCGUGUCGUCAUGUCUGCAUGAACCCAAACAUAAAACAUCACACAGAAGAAAGAAGCAGACAUGAAAUCAGAUUUUAUACGUUGGAAUGUUUUAACCGGACUGUCUAAAGAAAGUUGCCUUUGAGGAGAUGUGUGUAUGUAUAUAUGUAUUAAGUAUUUUUAAAAACAUGUAAACAUAUGAAGAGGUUCUUGCCAAAGCCUUACUGCAAUAAUAAAGUUAUGUAUAUGGAC